AGUAUCGUUAUAUUACACCUUUAAUGAGACGUCCGAAUACUUCGAUCAUUCAAUAGAUAAUUGAUUAACACUUCUUUAUACGGAUAUUUUAUACAUCUCUCCAUAGAUUUGAUUUUUGAUCAUGCUUUUCACGGUGGUGUACCUGUUACCAGUAAUGAUGGCAACGCAACAUGAACUGUGUGACGCGGCUAUAGCUCCCACCUGGGAUCAGUGUAACUGUACCUUUGAAGAAUGGCAAACUUGGGGAGAAUGUACUGUGGAGUGUUUCGGACAAAGAGUAAGGGAGCGUGAUGUAACAUUUGGCGAUUAUGAGGACUGUAACGAUUUCACAGACUGUGCUACAAUAGACGAACGAUAUGAGUGGGGGAGUUGUAAUACAGUCUGUCAAAACAAUGGGGCUCCUACAGGAAACCUAACUGUACCUUGUACAUGUGACUUUGGUUACUACGGAUCCUGCUGUACUGAAAGAGUGGACUGUGGAGCCCCAGAAAGCAUAGACAAUGGCGCUGUGUCCUACCCCGCAACAGACUACGGUAGUGCCGCAAUGUAUACCUGUAACACCCUGUAUAACCUCACCAAUGGUGACGCUGUACGUUUCUGCCAGAACAAUUUCACAUGGAGUGGAAAGACACCGGAGUGUAUAUCUGUAAACCACUGCAGUAGCACACCAUGUAUGAACGGAGCAACAUGCGUGAAUCUACUCGGUGACUACCGGUGUGACUGUGCUCAGGGGUGGAGUGGACAACUCUGUGAGACUGACGUCCAGCCUCCAGUUGUUUAUGAAUGUAGCGACAAUGUGAUUCUUAACGCUACAAAAUCAACAGUUCAGUACAACUGGACUAUUCCUGUGUUUACAGACCCGAUGGGAACAGAGUUAAAUAUCACAUCGAAUAUCUCUCCAGGGUUCAUGUUUACCUGGGGUGACCAUACAGUGACAUAUUCGGCAACUAAACUGCUAAAUGGUCUACAAACGAACUGUACAUUUCAAGUAAAAAUAAGACCCACACCUUGUGACGAUUUAAAUGUUCCUGUGAAUGGUACACGGAUAUGUAACGGCUGGAGGACGGAUUAUGGGCGCAUCUGUAUGAUGACCUGCCUGCAAAAUUACACACUUGGACCGUCCUUCAGUUUCCGAACAUGGCGCACGUGUGGAGCUUCCGGCACGUGGAUACCGGCAACCCCAUUUCCGGAUUGCUCUUUGCGUGUGUUCUCCACAGAAGACGCCGUUGUUUAUCAACCAGAGUACACAAGCUACCUGUACGAGACGCCGUGCGAGGGCGCUGCAACACAGUCAGCUCUGAAACAGCUUUACAUUAACGAGCUGAAGCAGCACUAUGGUCUUUCAGCUUUUUGUACAAAUAACAUAGAGGGCUGUGUACCAGAAAAUGUGAACGUUACUUGCCACACAUAGAAAACACGAUAGUUGUAGGUGUACUUUUAAAAGGAAUGCUGUACAUAAUACAGGCAGACUUUUAUGUAAUCAUCAAACCUUUGUUAUCAAGUCCUAAAUGAAUACCAAGUUCAUUAUUUAUACGGAAAUAUUAAAAAAGUAUGCUUUUA